AUGGUGAAAUCGGAACACCUGCCCUGGUAUUAUCUCCACCCAGCGCGUGCUUUCAAAGACGCCGGCCAGACCCGGAAAAUAUUGCAAGACCCCGGAAUCGCGUUCAAAAUUUCCGAGCAGUACACUGCGUUUCUGACGGGAAAAGCACAGCAAUUUGGAAAGCAUUUCUGCCCCGACGGAAACGGACAAUCGCUUCACCUGCCGCUGCUGGAAAACAUUUGCGGCGUGCCUGGCUCGUCGUCCAAACUGAAGCGAAUUCCCCAGAACCAAAAAAACUGUGAAUUCGUGCACGUUUUUGGGGACUUGCACGGUGCCUUUCCGGAUUUGCUUCUCGCGAUGGCGUUCCUGCCGGUGCCCGGCGAACCGAACGCAGCUCCUGGAAAUUUUUGGGGAGACAAGGUGGAGGGUCGCAUCGUUUUUCUUGGAGAUUUCAUGGACCGUGCCCCCCUAACAGGCGACAGCUACAACACGCUUCUGUACGUGCUGUGGUUGCAGUAUUCAAGCAAAGAACUGAGUCAAAAAAUCAUGCAUUGUGUGAGCAUAAUAUUUAUAUUUAUUUAUAAUAUAUGUUGUCGCAAUCGCAAAGUAGAUCAUGGGCGGAAGAUGCGCGAUCGCCUACCAUUUUCGCUUUUUACGCGUCAGCGCCCAGGAUGUUUAUUUUUGGGUAGACCAGCGCGGCAUGUGCCAGUGCCUGCGCCUGGCGCGCCUAACAACAGCAUCUGACCUAAUGUUCAGCUUUAAAAGGCUCUGUGCUUCAUCACAUCGAGAUCCAAAUAGCGGAAACCUCUCGUGUUCGUUUUCGAGGUGGCGACGGCCAAAAGAGAUGUGGGGGCAGAAGCCUAGCGAGCCGUGCUAGUCGCUCCCGUUGAAAAAAAGCGCCGCGACGCGCUGCCUAGUUUCCGCGGUGACGUACAGCCCGCCUCUGCGGAGUGAACACAUGCAUGAGCAAGUUUGACUCAAGAUUUUGCACGGAAGCAGGAGCAGAGUUUCCGAGCAAAGUGACGCUUCUCCGGGGAAAUCACGAAACUUUUGGGGUCAGUACGAUGUACAACGAAAACGAUCGAGAGAGUGUCAACCUCCUCUCAACAAGACAAACUGUGGUCAAGGCUGUCGGCACUGUGGAGACCCGAUAUUACUCCUGGCACGGCUUUGCCUUCGCAACGGUUUUUCCAUUGCUACCGCAGGCCGCGAUUGUUUACGGCAAGACUCUGCUGAUCCAUGCUGGCUUCUCACCGAUCCUGCUAAGCACAUCUGAGCUUUCCAAGAUAAACUUGCUGCGUGGACCAUUGUGGCUGGCGCCGGCGGAAAAGCGGCCACAUCAAGAGCUGUGCUCCGAGAAGCUUCAAAAUGCGCAAUGUGCAAAGCCGGGCGCUUCUUUCAUCAUUGAGCCCCACUUCUUUAAAACGACACCGACCCAGAACGGAGUGUGGGACUGUGUCGCGCCAUAUCAUGACCACAAUCCCCUUCAACCUCCAACUCCAAAAUGUUUCAAUGUGCUCAUGUGGGCAGAUCCCGCGCCGGCCGGACAUUGGUCCCGCUGUGGCGACAUGUUUGGGCCUUUUGCCAACGACGUAAAUUCCUGGCUUCAAAAAAACAAUCUCGACUUCUAUGUCCGGAGUCACCAGCCGAUGAAACAAGACGAAAUCGCAUUUCGCGCCGAGCACAAGAACACUGGAGAAAAUGCUCUCGGGUUGUUCGUGUUUUCUUCGCCUCUUUAUGCUGGUGCGUGGGAAAACCUUGCGUCGUCCUUGACUUUAUUGAAGGGCACUGGCGCCGCAACCAGAACCAUCCGCUACGACGAUGUUUUGUUCCGGGAGCUCCGCUGGCAUCGGGAUUCGGAUGUGGAGAAGCACCUGGCUACCCCGAUGCAAGCCCUCGCCUCCUUGAUGCCAAGCCCAAACGUACAGGUGCAGUUGAACAUUUUCGGUCGGGGACCUCAGCAGCAGCGCCCUGCAGCACAUGCAAUUCCCAGUCCUGCCGCAGUCCUGCCGGGAACACAGGCAGUGCGGUGGGUGGAAUUUCCAGUCUUGCGUGCCGGGCAGAGCGUCGAGUAUAACUUAGAUUCGAACGGUAAAGUGUGGAUUUCCACGCACGUGUCUCGUCCGCCCAAUCAGAAGCUAUUCACCCAAGAAGUCGAUUUGGUCUGCCAGAACGGGGCUAAGCUUUUCAAAAUUCGUGAUCCGGGGUACAGUUUUUUGCUAAUGUUCCAUACUAGGGUCGGAAAGACAAACAAUGAAUUGAAUAUGACGCCGCGACGGACCAUCGGGUCUAUGCAGUUCGCUCCGCCUACAGUGAUCUACUUAAACUUCUAUUUUGAUUUUGCAUUGCAAUAUAUUUAACCUUAGGCGGCACCAAUUAUUUCAAUGAGAUUUAUGGGUUUUCUAGGACGCAAUCAAAUUCACUGGAAGUAUCAACUGUAAUUGAAUGUGGAUGCCGCCUGUGCUGCGUCGUGCGUUUUCUGAUUGCAACUUCACGGGCACGCGGCGACCUCGGUCGCAAUCACGCACAUCGCAACGCAGAGAACAGACUUCUUACGGAGAUGCUUGUAGUUUCAAAAGCAGUUGUCGUGGAUGUGUGAAUUUAGAGGUUGAAGAGAAAAUAAACGCUUACGUGAUUGAUAUGCGCGCCGAGAAAGGUAAGGACUCGCAUCUUUAUGGGCCAGUGAGCGAGUUUGAGCCUGGUGAGCCGAACGAAGAUAGAUCUUGCAUAACAUGAUGCAUGAAAAUCAUGAGAAAACUCCCCAAGAAGUGGAACUUGAACUUAUUUAUAUUCCAUCACAGGACGAAGCAGCCCGUGGCGCCACCGCCGGCACCGCCGCCACCGCCGCCCGCUUCUAAAAGCGGGCCGGAACAGCACAUCCUGCAGCAACAACUGCAGCAUCAGCAGGAGCAACACCUGCAGCAGCAGCGCCAGCAGCAGCGACAACUGCAGCAGCAGCAGCAACAACUCCAGCAGCACCAACUGCAGCAGCAACAGCUGCAGCAACAACUGCAGCAGCACCAACUGCAGCAUCAGCAACGGCAGCAGCAACAAUGGCAGCAGCAACAACUUCUGCAGCAGCAGCAACAACUGCAGCAGCAGCAGCAGCAGCAACAACUGCAGCAGCCGCAACACCACCAGCUCCCGGCGCAGUUUUCUCCGGAUCCCCCGGUAGUUUGUUACAAGAAGGCGGGCGACCAGGGCUAUAGUGUCGGGCAGGUUUAUCACCAUGAAAAGUAGACGAGACGCCAUGUUGUUGUAUGAAAUCAAAAGUCAUCGAACUGUAAGGAGUCCGCAUGUCAAAAAGUGAGUACCUAAUUAACACAAUCGCAGGACGACGACGAGAGAAGUGAGUCGUCAUCUACAUAUCCGACUCAGAGGCACUGCAGCAUGGUGUCGAUGUCUCGUUCUUUUCAGCAUGAUACAAUUACAAAGCCCUUAGGCCCAAAUGCAAAUCCGCCGGGGUGGUCAAUUCUGCAGAUGGUCAAUCCGGACGGGAGCCCGGUGUUGAAUCCCGACCUGACACCGUUUUAUCUUUAUGCCCCUGCGACGCAGUUGUUUCUUGCCGAAUACAAUCAAUGGCAGCGCGUCUGGAUGUGCCCUCGUCACUGAAGCUCCUUCAGCUGACACGAUUCUUUUGCCACUUCAACUACACGGACAAAGAUGAAGAAAACUUAACAGAAGCAGAACUCUUGCUCUUUGGGGUUCUGUAUGAAGAGGAGAAUUACUCUUGAGUACCACGAAACGCCGCUCGGUUUUGGUUAAUUCAGAAGGUUCUUUCGACGAAAGUAGAGGUACAAUGAUUAUCAUAAUUUUACAAUAUCUUUUUUGAAAGUUCCGACACCCUUUCACUUUUCCUAUGCAUUCAUACAAUGAGAAGUACUCACACGCUUUGAGCAGAAUUUCACAUUGCUAAUGUGACAUCAUUCCGACUUUUACGAUUUACUUAUUUAUUCCAAUCGCUUUUUGUUCCGUAUUCAUGACAUUCACCUGCAAUUUCUUCACACGGGGCGCGUCACUUCGAUUCGCAGUUCCUUCCAGCGAAAAGUACUUAUAUUCCGGGAAGUACACAUAUAUCCAUAUCGAAAAAGUUUGUUGAGAAAGAGAAACCGUCCUAAUAGUAUUGUCGUAUGCGUUUUCUUUAUCAUGAUCGAUGAACAACAACAAAAUGAAAAUGUAAAUGAAUGAAGCAAGUGUUUCACAGUCCGUCGUAUAAAUAUUCUGAAUCACGAGCAGCUAAUAUGAAGACUUGAAGGUAGUUAGGGGAAAAAGGCGUAGUAAGUGCGUGGUCCACACUAGAACGACGUUCAAGAGCGUGUGUGUACGACAGGAGCCUCCAAAGCACCACGUUCUUACCUUAUGUCUCUCAUCGCCGUAGAAGUACUUACGAACUGAGCCCGACAGUCUAUGUGUAUCUUCACAGAUGAAGCAGAAGCGUGCAUCAGACGCAAACCCUCCGACUUGCAUUCGAUAAAAUGCUCUUUGGAUAGCGUCGGCUCUACUAGUCAGGAGGACACGACUAGCACACGCCGGUCGAACAUAUCACCUGCUAACUAUCCACGCACGAGUAGAACAAAGCAAGACGAGGGUGCUGCCGAAUGAUUUAUACUAUUACUUAUGCCGAAAAUGCAAUGUGGCAGUACAGUUUGAGUUUGAUGGCGCGUUCUGCACACCAUGAAAAGAAAGCGACGCGAUUACGACCUUACCGAUGCGGAAGAGGAGAUCAAUUCGCAUGGCGCGAACGUUGUUCCACGAUGAGCAAGUGCUGUAGCGUUCUGCCUUUGAAGACAUGAAAAUACUUUCGAAGAAAUUUUACCAUGAAGAAAUCAAUCUCGAGCUGCAAAGUCGUGAUCAUUCGCGAGGAAAUGAUCUUCAACUGCGUAUCGCACGAUUGCACCAGGCUCCUAUUUUAAGUAUCUUUUCUGCUGCUGAUGACACAUCAUAGCGUCGACGUUCUGC